AUGGCUAUGCCUUCUUCGUCUUCCUUCAUCUCCUCGUACUACACUCUCAUCUUCCCUUUCCUCGCCGCCGUCAUCUUCCUCUCCUUCUCCAAACGCAAACGCCGGCCCAACCUGCCCCCAGGCCCGCCGGGCUGGCCAAUCGUGGGUAACCUCUUCCAAGUCUCCCGCUCCGGAAAGCCCUUCUUCCAGUACGUCGACGAGGUCCUCCGGCCCAAUUACGGCCCAAUCUUCACCCUCAAAAUGGGGGCCCGCACCUUGAUCGUCCUCACCGACGCCGACUUGGCCCACGAGGCCUUCAUCGAGAAGGGCGCCACCUUCGCCACCCGGCCCGCCGAAAACCCGACCCGCGCCAUCUUCAGCUGCAACAAGUUCACCGUCAACGCCGCCCUCUACGGCCCCGUCUGGCGCUCGCUGCGGCGGAACAUGGUCCAGAACAUGCUCGGGUCGGGUCGGGUCAAGGAGUUCCGGCGCCUCCGCGAGUCCUCCAUGAAUACCCUUGUAGCCCGGAUUCGGGCCGAGGCAGGGGAGAACGGCGAAGGACCCGUCUGGGUGCUGCAGAACGCCCGAUUCGCCUUCUUUCGUAUCUUACUGGCGAUGUGCUUCGGGUUCGAGAUGGAUGAUGAUACGGUGGAUGAGAUGGAUCGGGUUUUGAAAUCGGUGCUAAUGGUUCUCGACCCGCGAAUCGACGAUUUCUUGCCGAUUCUGAGACCGUUUUUCUUGAAGCAGAGGAAUCGGGCGGCGGCGGUGAGGAAAGAACAGGUCGACGCCAUCGUUCCCCUCAUCAAACGGCGUCGUAGGAUGCUGCAGGACCACGUUUUAGAUCCCAAAGCGAUGUCGUUUUCGUACCUGGACACGCUCUUCGAACUUCGGGUCGACGGGCGGGAUUCCGGACCCUCUGACCCGGAAUUGGUAACCCUAGUAUCGGAAUUCGUGAACGGCGGAACCGACACCACCGCCACGGCGGUGGAGUGGGGGAUUGCGCAGCUAAUUGCGAACCCCGAGGUGCAGGGGAACCUUUACGCCGAGGUCGCCGCCGUGGUCGGAGGGAGCGGCCGGAAAAUCGGGGAGGAGGACGUGGAGAGUAUGCCGUACCUUCAAGCCGUCGUGAAGGAGAUUCUCCGGAAGCACCCUCCGACGUACUUUACUCUGAGCCACGCGGUGACGGAGCCGGCGACGUUGGGGGGAUACGAUGUUCCGACGGACGCCAGCGUGGAGGUGUUUCUGCCGGCGAUCGGGGAGGACCCGAGGAUUUGGUCGGAUCCGGGGCGGUUCGAACCGGGCCGGUUCGCUUCGGGGCGGGAGGAGGCCGAUAUUACAGGGGUCACCGGAGUGAAGAUGUUGCCGUUUGGGGGCGGCCGGCGGAUUUGUCCAGGGCUGGGACUGGCGAGCGUGCAUCUCCACCUGAUGAUGGCUAGGAUGGUCCAGGAGUUCGAGUGGAGUGCGUUUCCGCCGGCGGCGGAGAUUGAUUUUGAAGGGAGGAUGGCGUUUACGGUGGUGAUGAAGCAUAGUUUGAGGGCCAUUGUUAAGCCCAGGCCUCAAUCAAGAUAA